AUGGAAAACGGGUUUCCGUCGCGGUUCGACCUUCAAGAACAAAUCGGAAAAGGUACUUUCAGUGUUAUUCGAAGAUGUUUCGACAAAAGAAGCGAUCGAGUGUGUGCGGUGAAAAUUGUAGAUAUUGCAAAAAUGUCCUCCUCGAGUGGUCUGACAGAAGAAGAUUUACAGAGGGAGGCCCGUAUCUGCCAGAAAUUGCGGCAUCCUCAUAUAGUUGAAAUCAUAGGAGCAUACUCUGUGAGUGGAUAUAUAUACAUGGUUUUUGAAUAUUUGGAUGGUGCUGAUUUGUGUUUUGAAAUAGUGAAUCGUGUGCAUGCGGGUUUUGUUUACAGUGAAGCCGUAGCAAGUCACUAUCUCAGACAAGUUUUGGAGGCAGUGUCAUUUUGUCAUGAAAAUGAAAUCAUACAUCGAGAUCUUAAGCCUCACAACAUUCUGUUGGCAAGUAAAGAGAAUUCAGCACCAAUCAAGAUUGCUGACUUUGGGGUGGCUGUAGAAAUUGGAGAAGAAGGCUAUGUCACAAGUGGACGCAUAGGCACCCCACAUUUUAUGUCUCCAGAGGUGAUAAACAGGGAACAGUAUGGUAAACCAGUAGACAUUUGGGGAUGUGGUGUUGUACUCUUUAUUCUUCUGAGUGGAUCAUACCCCUUCCAAGGAACUGGAGAAAAAGUAUACGAGUCCAUCAAGAAGGGCAUACCCAUGAUGAGACCAAAAAUUUGGGACAGCAUAUCUGAUGAGGCAAAAGAUUUAGUUAAGAAGAUGUUAGCCCUGGAUCAGAAUGAUAGACUGACAGCAAGGGAAGCACUGCAACAUCCUUGGCUUAAUAAUCGCAAUGUACCACAGAGAAUUCACCUUCAGGAUUCAGUAGAUGAAAUGAAAAAGUUUAAUGCAAGAAGAAAGUUAAAGGGAGCCAUCUUAGCUGCUGUUGCCAGCAGAAAGUUUCCAGUGGCAAACGGAGACGUCAUCGGAUCUCAGGAUGAUGUUUUUGAUUACGAAGACGAUGAUCUGUCUGCAUCAGGGGCUAUCGGUCAGCUUCUUGACUCAUUAGAAGAGAUUCAAGUUCUCGCCGGAGCAAGCGAAGAUGAUGUGAACUUUUUACAGAACCUCUUUGAACAUCAGACGUUGCAAGCCUUACUAGAGGUUUACGACAGAAGCCAGGAAUGGACGGAUGAGAAUCGUUCGUGUCCAUCGACAUGUUCUCCUAACGCGGUAGAAGACGCUAAAGAGGUUAUUGACCUGGUCGAGUUCAGGGCCGAAGACGACGACGACUGUUACGAGUUGCAAAACAUCUUGUCAGACCCGCAUGUGAUGGCGAUGCUUCAGUCUCACGAUGAAGUGUUGAAAAUCUCAACGGGUGAGGAAGUAAACCAGUAUCAUGCUGAUACCAGCACUGGAUAUAAUGGCAGAAUAGAGGAAUCUAUGAGCGAAAGACCGGAAAAACUCACCCGUGUUCGACUCGUUCAGUUUCAUAAAAAUCUCAACGAACCCAUGGGAAUUACUCUCAAACUGAACGAAGAAGGAAGGUGUAUUGUCGCCAGAAUCAUGCACGGAGGAAUGAUCCACAGACAAGGCACACUUCACCCAGGAGAUGAAAUUCGCGAAAUCAAUGGAGUUAACGUGGCAGAGAAGUCAGUCGAAAACCUACAAGCUAUUUUGCGUCAAGCGAGUGGAAAUGUCACGUUCAAGAUUGUGCCAAGCUCAAGGAAUUUAAACCAAGUCUCUGAAGUGUUUGUGCGGGCGCUGUUUGAUUACGACCCUCGUGGGGAUGACCUGAUUCCGUGCCAACAGGCCGGGUUAACCUUUGCUUGUGGGGAUAUUAUCCAAGUCGUAAGUAAAACUGACCCCUACUGGUGGCAGGCAGUCAAGGCUGACGAUAAGACCGGAUUCGCAGGACUCGCUCCGUCGCCCGAGCUACAAGAGUGGAGAGUGUCGAGUUUAGCAGCGGAGAAAGCCAGGAAGCAGAAUGGCGCAACUUGUAUAUGGUUUAACAAGAAAAAGAAAAGCAGUCGUGAUAAGUAUGUGGCUAAACACAAUGCAGUUUUCGAUCAGCUUGAUCUUGUUACUUAUGAGGAAGUUAUCAGGCUGGAUUACUUUAAACGAAAGGCACUUGUACUUCUCGGGGCUCAUGGCGUUGGAAGGAGACAUAUUAAAAAUACAUUGAUCAAUAAAUUUCCCGAAAGAUUUUCUUAUCCUAUUCCACAUACGACAAGAGAGCCAAAAGAAGGAGAAGAGGAUGGAAAAAAUUACUUCUUUGUUUCUGCCGAGGAUAUGUUAAUGGACAUAGAGGCCAACAAAUACCUGGAAUACGGGACGCACCAAGGCGCCAUGUACGGCACCAAGCUCGACACGAUAAGGGACAACCUUAAUCAGGGUCUCACAGCAAUUCUCGACGUGGAACCUCAGGCGCUGAAGGUUCUUCGGACCACAGAAUUCUCUCCUUACGUCGUGUUCAUCUCCGCACCAACCAUCAUUGGAAACGACAACACGAGAAACCCACCCAUGCCAAACGGAGAUGUUGCUGACGAAAGUCUUCAGAGGCUUGCCAAAGAGUCGGACGCACUUCGCCAGACGUACGGGCACUUGUUUGACCUUACAAUCGUUAAUAAUGAUAUCGACGACACGAUUCGCCUCCUGGAGGACGCCCUCGAGCGAUUGCACAAAACGUCACAGUGGGUGCCAGUGUCGUGGGUGUAUUAACUCCAUCCUACCCCUCGCAAGGAUCACGAACGACAUGAGUCAAGUUAUGGUCAGGCUCUAACGAAAUGUACCCAGCCCUUCUCUUUCCAGUACUUGGACCCAUUCCUACCUCGCCAGUCGUUAGUUAACGUAACCUACUCAGUCAUUCAUAGUAUUCAUACCGUAUACAUCUCCUAGUAAGGGAAUGGAGCUUUUGGUGUUCGAUGCCUAGUUUCCCUAUAAUCCAUUCAGAAUCAAUUCUUAAGUCAUCAGGAAACGCCAAUAUCACUCGGAGUUUUGCGAGAGAGAAAAGGCGGGAAAAUUUCUACACCAUCGUGCAGGGUUGGUUCCGUAAGAAAUGAUUAAAAUUAGAUGUAGUCUAGGCAUAAUUGCAGGGGUAGGUAGGCCUCAGAGAGUGUGGUUUACCAUGCACAAUUAGGAAGAAACAAUUGUCCCAAAGCUUGGGAUUUUUCUACUAAUUUUUACUACUUUCAAGCUAGUUUCUUAAUAGUUGCUCUGUAGAAUUUUACGUUAAUGCACGUGCUACCUUUAUUACGCGGAAUCGGAUAAUGAUCAUCUCAACCUUCGAGGCUCGUUUGAACGCCACUAAGUGUUUGGUGUCCAGGGGGUUGCCUUAGGAAAUGAGUCUGUUUCUUGUUCCCAAACUUUGGUUGUGAGCAGCGGUGUUUUGUUUCAGUGCGCCUGAGUAUUGGGUCAGUUUGAUUAACCUUUAAAUAAAAAACCUUUUGUUUGGUUGCAUGUGGCUUAACCCGUGAAAAGCAGCCCUUUUGACCUAAGGAAAUUAAAUGCAACGGAAAAAAAGUAAUAUAAAUAGUAACGAGAGCCUUUUGAAAGGGGCUGCAGUUACUUACUUUUAAACGUAAUGAAAUUUUCUUUUCUGUAUAACUACUCAAGGUAAAUUGUUUAUUGAUAUCUUAAAGAAAUCCGAGUUUUCGAAGAAUGGAAGUGGAAUGGACGUGGAAUCCAGGCUGUAGAUUGGCGCGAUCUUCCUUGUAUAUUCGAUGUCAAAGGCAAUGCAGAUCGGUAUAACUUUUGAAUGUGCUUGAGCUCUUUUUGAUUGCAAAGACCAAAGAUAUCAAGUUUAGUUUUAUUCUUUCUAAUAUAUGGUGAAAAGUGAAUUUUUGAAAUCGAUUCAAUAACUGAUUGUUUGCGCCUCGUUUUAAAAGUAUUCUUUUGCUUUGAGAACGACAACUCAAUGAUUUUGUUUUGUUUUGUUUUUGUUAUUUUAAUUCCCAUAAAUAUAUAUAUAUUUAAGAGAGAAAUGUCUCUAUGUUAUGUAUUCAUAGCUUGUUUUCCAUUUUUUAAUUUCAAUCGGUAUGUAAAAUGCAAUCCCUAAUUUAUUUAUCACAAUAACUUAAUUAAUGCUCCCCAGUGACCGCUCAAAUAAAUCAGACGCAAACAUGCAGGUUAUUGUGAAAAAUUCAGUAAAGUAAUCUUAAAUUUUAAAUUAAACUGAAGUAGCUCAUAUAGUGAUGUUAUCGGCUUUUUGCAUUUUGUUGUAUGUGGUUUGAUGUUGAGGCUUGAAAAAGCAAUUGGGGGGCUCCUCAUUUGAACUGAUCAUGUAGGUUGAUACAGGGAUACAAUUUGACUGAAAAGAUUAAGACUACAGCUCGAGAUAAUUUUCCAUCAAGGCAUAUGUCACGUAAUUGAGGGUAUAACGAAUCUUUGUCGUUUGUUGAAAGCUCAAUUUCCGACUUUUCAGUCGUCGAGGUAUUAUCUUAUCUUCAUUGUAGAUGUGAAUUAUGAAAAUUUGUACAAAGAUUUGCCUUAAGACAAUGGAAUGGGAUAAUUUCAUGCCUUUUGUUUUACUGUCGAAAUACACAAGCGGCUAAGGUGUGUAUAACGUCAAAAAUGUAAAAUUGAAAGAAACUGAAUCGUGAUGGAAGAUGAGCACACGUAUUUGUAAUGCAUUCUCGUUUUAUAUGUAAAGAGAUCGCUGUACAUUAAAGUAUGUGAAACUUGA